AUGGAGGAGACCCAAUCUGGCGGCAAAGACGACACCGCCGUGUCCGCCGUCAAAGCAAUGCGCCAAGACCUCGAAACCCGAAUCGAAACCCAACGCGCCACCCAGCUCGAACUCCUCUCUAGUCUCCAAUCCGAACUCGACCCCGCCAUCGUCCCCACCAUCGAUCUCUCCCUCAAGGUCCUCUCCUCCUUCAACCACCGCCCCUUCACUCCCACCCCUCCUCUACCCGACCCGAAACCCAACCCGACCCGAAACCCCGCCGCCCGCCUCCCCUCCCCUCAACCACCCCUCCCUCCUCCUCCGCUGCAGCCCGAAAGCCCUAAUCUUUCUCCCCGACCCGACCCGACCCGGGAGUCCUCACCCGAUUCAAUGGACGAGGACGCGAACCCGCUCUCGGUGAUCCGGGCCAUGAUUGCGGUCCGGUUUCUGGAGAGGGUUCCGUUCAUGCUGGUGGAGUCGUCGGAGCUCCUGAAGCAGCUCGAGACCGACGCGAAGGCCUCGCCGGAGGAGAAGGCGGCGCUGCGGGAGGUGGGGGGAGAGAACGGGGGAAUUCUGGCGGUGGAGAUGGCGCUGCGGUCGAUGGCGGAGGAGAACGGCGGCGUUAUACUGGAGGAGUACGCGGUCAACGGGAAGUCUAGGGUUACGGUGAGGGAUAUUGACCGGACUAGGCUGAUGAAGGAGUUGCCGGAGAGCAAACAAGACUCGAUUUUGGAUGGGAAUGGGAGUUUUAAUCAGAUGGUGAGUGGUGGCAUGGAUGGUGGGAACAAUGUGGGAGGGUUUAUGGGCCGAGGUGGGCCCUGGGGGGUUGCGCCGGAGCAUUACAUGGGCGGGUUGCCGCCGUUGUUUCCGGGGAUAGGUCCGAGAGGAGGAAGAGGGAUGAUGGGAAUGCCGAGAGGGAUGUUAGGGUCUCCAAUGCCGAGGCCUAAUAUGGGGCAGAAUGGAGGAAUGGUGGUUAGUCCCAAUGGAAUGCCGAAUAAGAACAUGAAGAGCGAAGAGGAUGAGAUGAAGGAUCUUGAGGCAUUGCUGAAUAAGAAGAGUUUUAAGGAGUUGCAGAAGUCGAAAACUGGGGAGGAGCUUUUGGACCUCAUCCACAGGCCAACUGCAAAGGAGACUAGAACGGCAAACAAGUUCAAAAGCAAAGGUGGUUCACGAGUGAAGGAAUACUGCAGCUCCCUAACAAAAGAGGACUGCCGACGUCAAUCUAAUUCGUUGCUCGCUUGUGAGAAGGUUCAUUUUAGGCGCAUAAUUGCUCUACAUACUGAUGUCAAUUUAGGAGACUGUUCUUUUCUAGAUACUUGCCGUCACAUGAAGACAUGCAAGUAUGUACAUUAUGAGCUCGAUUCAACACCAGAUGUGUCAAACAUGAUGGCUCCCCCUAGACCAUUAAAGCAGCGUGCUGAAUAUUGUUCUGAGGUGGAACUCGGUCAACCACAAUGGAUUAACUGUGAUAUCCGCAAUUUUAGAAUGGAUAUUUUGGGACAGUUUGGAGUCAUAAUGGCCGAUCCACCGUGGGACAUUCAUAUGGAGUUGCCUUAUGGGACUAUGGCUGAUGAUGAAAUGCGCACUCUUAAUGUUCCUGCAUUGCAGACUGAUGGUCUGAUUUUCCUUUGGGUUACUGGGCGUGCGAUGGAGCUUGGCCGUGAGUGUUUAGAACUUUGGGGAUACAAGCGUAUCGAGGAGAUGAUUUGGGUGAAAACUAAUCAGCUUCAACGAAUUAUUAGAACUGGGCGCACUGGCCACUGGCUAAAUCAUAGCAAAGAGCAUUGCCUAGUUGGAAUAAAAGGGGAUCCAUUAGUGAAUAGGAAUAUUGAUACUGAUGUCAUUGUUGCCGAGGUCAGAGAGACAAGUCGUAAGCCAGAUGAGAUGUACCCUUUGCUGGAGAGGAUUAGUCCAAGGACAAGGAAGCUGGAGCUGUUUGCUCGUAUGCACAACACUCAUGCAGGGUGGAUGUCACUUGGUAAUCAACUAAGUGGUGUACGAUUGGUUGAUGAAGGCUUGCGUGCACGGUUCAAGGCUGCGUACCCAGAGGUGGAGGUGCAGCCAGCAUCCCCACCCAGAGCUUCUGCCAUGGAAGCUGAUUCAAAUGCUACUCAAACCAGAAGUCCCUUUUCCGAAGCAAAACCCACAGAGGCUGCUGCUCCACAACAAGCAGAGCCUGCAGGGCCUGAUGCGCCUGCUUCUGAGGUGAAGCCAACGCUUAGCACCGAUGUUGAGAUGGCCGGAUGAGUAAACUUUCCAUCCGAAUUACUCCUUUUUGACAGGAAGACCUCCCGUAACCAUGUCUAGUUUAGGACUUUAGUUUUAGUUUAAUGACCUAGUAAGGGAUUCGAUCCUUGUCUGUUUUGUUUAGGCCUUGAUAGGCAGUGUAUCUCUAUAUGAUACAGCUUGUAAUAUCAUAGUCAUCAUAUUAAUGAUAGAUCAAUCUCCCAGUUCUCU